AUGGUUGCAGGAAGGAAUGAUGAUGUUAUUGCCGAGGCAUUGACGAUGUUGGCUGGUGCUAUUGGGCAGGCUCUGAAUGUGACUGCUGGUAACAUAGAGGAGGAUGAGUUCCGUGCUAUGGGGAAUUUCCAGAGGAACAAUCCACCUAUAUCUUUGAGAGAGAGCAUGAACCUGACAAGGCACAAGCAUAAGGUGCAAUUUGGUACUCAUAUGCUUGAGAAGAAAGCUGAGAAUUGGUGGGGUAACACUGUUCAGAGGUUCGAUGAAGAAGGAAUUGAGGAGUUAAUUAAGUAUUGUCCUUAUUACAACACUGCUAAUGCUGAGAGGUCUAAGUGUCUAAAGUUUGUGAAUGAUUUGAGACUUGAGAUUAAGAAGGCUAUUAGUUAUCAACAUAUUUCACAUUUUGUUGAGUUGGUUAACAAGAUUAAGAUCUAUGAUAAGGAUUAUAGAGAGAGUGUUGCUCACUAUAAGUCUAUGAAUGAUAAGAAAGGGAAAGACUAA